AUGACUGGUCGGGCCCGGGCUCGGGCCCGUGGACGGGCCCGUGGGCAGGAGACGGCACAGCUUGUCAUGAGCCAGCCUCCCGGGUAUGCCCCGCCACGACCUCAACAGCCCCUGGCAGAGAGUGAGCUGGUGGGCCGCGGACGGCAGAGAGGAGCACCGGGACCAGCCUCCAAGGCGCAAGAAAUGCAAAUAUCUGCUGGAUUUCAGGAUUUGUCAUUAGCAGAGAGAGGGGGUCGGCGCAGAGACUUCCAUGAUCUUGGUGUGAAUACAAGGCAGAACCUGGACCAUGUCAAAGAAUCAAAGACAGGUUCCUCUGGCAUCAUUGUCAGGCUGAGUACUAACCACUUCCGGCUGACGUCCCGGCCCCAGUGGGCCCUGUACCAGUACCACAUCGACUACAACCCGCUGAUGGAGGCCAGGAGGCUGCGCUCUGCCCUGCUCUUCCAGCACGAAGACCUCAUUGGAAGGUGUCACGCCUUCGAUGGGACAAUCCUGUUUUUACCCAAAAGACUUCAGCACAAGGUCACAGAAGUCUUCAGCCAAACCCGGAACGGGGAGCGUGUAAGGAUCACCAUCACCCUGACCAAUGAGCUCCCGCCGACGUCGCCCACCUGCCUGCAGUUCUACAACAUCAUCUUCAGGAGGCUUUUGAAAAUCAUGAAUUUGCAACAAAUUGGACGCAACUAUUACAACCCAAGUGACCCAAUAGAUAUUCCCAAUCACAGGUUGGUGAUCUGGCCCGGCUUCACCACCUCCAUCCUACAGUACGAGAACAACAUCAUGCUGUGCACUGACGUCAGCCACAAGGUGCUGCGCAGCGAGACAGUCCUGGACUUCAUGUUCAACCUGUACCACCAGACGGAGGAGCACAAGUUCCAAGAACAAGUUUCCAAGGAACUGAUUGGGUUGAUCGUCCUCACCAAGUACAACAACAAGACGUACCGCGUGGACGACAUCGACUGGGACCAGAGCCCCAAGAGCACCUUUAAGAAGGCUGACGGCUCCGAGGUCAGCUUCCUGGAGUACUACCAGAAGCAAUACAACCAGGAAAUCACGGACCUGAAGCAACCGGUGCUGGUCAGCCAGCCCAAGAGGAGGCGCGGCCCCGGGGGCACGCUGCCAGGACCCGCCAUGCUCAUCCCUGAGCUCUGCUACCUCACAGGUCUGACCGACAAAAUGCGGAAUGACUUCAAUGUGAUGAAAGACCUGGCGGUGCACACGAGGCUGACCCCCGAGCAGAGGCAGCGGGAAGUGGGACGGCUCAUUGACUACAUCCACAAAGACGACAACGUGCAGCGGGAGCUGCGGGACUGGGGCCUGAGCUUUGACUCCAACCUGCUGUCCUUCUCGGGACGGAUCCUGCAGGCCGAGAAGAUCCACCAAGGCGGGAAGACGUUUGAUUACAACCCGCAGUUUGCAGAUUGGUCCAAGGAAACCCGGGGAGCACCAUUAAUCAGUGUGAAGCCGCUGGAUAACUGGCUGUUGAUCUAUACUCGACGGAAUUACGAAGCAGCCAAUUCACUGAUCCAGAACCUGUUCAAAGUCACGCCGGCCAUGGGCAUACAGAUGAAAAAGGCAAUCAUGAUUGAAGUGGACGAUAGGACGGAAGCCUACCUGAGAGUCUUGCAGCAGAAGGUCACCUCAGAUACACAGAUAGUGGUCUGUCUGCUGUCCAGUAACCGCAAGGACAAGUACGACGCCAUCAAGAAGUACCUCUGCACAGACUGCCCGACCCCGAGCCAGUGCGUGGUAGCCCGGACCCUGGGCAAGCAGCAGACGGUCAUGGCCAUCGCCACCAAGAUCGCCCUGCAGAUGAACUGCAAGAUGGGCGGCGAGCUGUGGCGAGUGGACAUGCCUCUGAAGCUGGCCAUGAUUGUUGGCAUCGAUUGCUACCAUGACACCACGGCAGGCCGGAGAUCCAUCGCGGGAUUUGUCGCCAGCAUAAAUGAGGGGAUGACACGCUGGUUCUCGCGCUGUGUGUUUCAGGACAGGGGACAGGAACUUGUGGACGGGCUGAAGGUCUGUCUGCAAGCUGCCCUGAGGGCCUGGAACAGCUGUAACGAGUACAUGCCCAGCCGGAUUAUCGUGUACCGGGACGGCGUGGGCGACGGCCAGCUCAAGACCCUCGUGAACUACGAGGUGCCACAGUUCCUCGACUGCCUCAAGUCUGUCGGCAGAGGCUACAACCCCAGACUGACGGUCAUCGUGGUGAAGAAACGUGUGAACGCCCGUUUUUUUGCUCAGUCUGGAGGGCGGCUCCAGAACCCUCUGCCCGGCACUGUCAUUGAUGUGGAGGUGACCAGACCGGAGUGGUAUGACUUCUUCAUCGUGAGCCAAGCAGUGAGGAGUGGCAGCGUCUCCCCCACACACUACAAUGUCAUCUAUGACAGCAGCGGCCUGAAGCCGGACCACAUCCAGCGGCUGACCUACAAGCUCUGCCACGUCUACUACAACUGGCCGGGUGUCAUCCGUGUGCCCGCACCCUGCCAGUAUGCCCACAAGCUGGCCUUCCUGGUGGGCCAGAGCAUCCACCGGGAGCCCAACCUGUCGCUGUCUAACCGCCUGUACUACCUCUAG